AACAGCAAACAACAACAACAACAAAACCUCUCCAUUGAUGAUUAUCUAAGAAGAAGCUCCAUUGAUGUCGGAAUCAAAAGCUCUAGCCUUCAUAGUCGCCGCUUUAUCUUACUCCUUCUUCCUCUUCUCUUCUUCACCAAAGUCUCACUACCACGAGCUCUUCCUCUCUGAUUCCUUCUCCGACAACGCUUCCGUCGCUAUAAACCUCCGUACCCUCACGCGUCGCCCUCAUGUAGCCGGUACGGUGGCCAACGCUGAAGCUGCCGCAUAUGUUCGCUCUGUUUUCACCUCCUCUGCACUCAAAUCACACGUUGUUACUUACCAAGUAUCUCUAACUUACCCAGUUCAUCGCUCUUUGGUACUAACGCCCACAGAAUCAGCAAAGCCGAUCACUUUCUUGCUGGAACAAGAACAAGCCGGAGACAAUCCUUAUGCUAAUGAAGUGAUGCCUACUUUUCAUGGAUACGCUAAGUCAGGUAAUGUUUCAGGUCCAGUGGUUUAUGCAAACUACGGACGAGUAGAAGAUUUCGUGAGACUCAAGAAAGAGAUGGGUGUGAAUGUCUCUGGAGCCGUUGUAAUCGCGAGGUACGGUCAGAUAUACAGAGGAGACAUUGUGAAGAACGCUUACGAGGCAGGAGCUGUAGGUGUUGUGAUAUAUACAGACAAGAGAGAUUACGGCGGAGAUCAGUGGUUUCCGGUGAGUAAAUGGAUGCCACCGAGUGGGGUUCAGGUUGGUACUGUUUAUAAUGGGUUAGGUGAUCCAACUACUCCUGGGUGGGCAAGUGUUGAUGGCUGUGAGAGAUUGUCGGAUGAGGCGGUUGAAUUGAGCGGUGAUGUUCCGCUUAUACCGUCGUUGCCUGUCUCGGCUGCUGAUGCAGAAGUGAUUUUGAAGACGGUUGUUGGAGAUGUUGCUGAUGGAGAUGUCUAUCCAGUGGGGCCUGGACCUGGGAUCUUGAACCUGAGCUACAUUGGGGAAACUGUUAUAGCCCAGAUUGAGAAUGUUAUUGGAGUGAUUGAAGGAGAAGAAGAGCCUGAUAGAUAUGUGAUUCUUGGGAACCAUAGAGACGCUUGGACUUUUGGAGCUGUUGAUCCGAACAGUGGUACUGCGAUUGCACAAAGGCUAGAUAAGCUGCAGAAAAGAGGAUGGAAGCCUCGGCGGACGAUUAUUUUGUGCAAUUGGGAUGCUGAGGAGUAUGGCCUGAUUGGGUCAACAGAAUGGGUAGAAGAAAACAGAGAGAUGCUUACUUCAAGAGCUGUGGCAUACUUGAAUGUAGAUUGUGCGGUAUCUGGCCCGGGAUUUCAUGCUUCUGCUACUCCACAACUCGAUGAAUUGAUAAAAAUAGCUGCUCAAGAGGUCCGGGAUCCAGAUAACGCAACGCAAACAAUCUAUGAUUCGUGGAUAGGAUCAAGUAACUCUGUUGUGAUCAGAAGAUUAGGGGGCGGAGGUUCGGAUUAUGCAUCAUUUGUACAACAUGUUGGCGUUCCAGGAGUUGACAUGUCCUUUGGAGGAGGCUAUCCAGUCUACCACUCUAUGUAUGAUGACUUCACUUGGAUGGAAAAGUUUGGUGACCCGAUGUUUCAGCGACAUGUCGCAAUGGCUAGUGUUCUUGGUUUGGUCGCUCUUCGGUUAGCAGAUGAGGAAAUCUUACCAUUCAACUAUACUUCCUAUGCACUAGAACUCAAGAAAAGCGCGGAAGAUUUGGAGAAUGAGAAGUUAGGCCAUAGCAUAGAUGUAUAUCCAUUGAUAAAAUCGAUCGAAGAUCUAUCUACGGCUGCACAAUAUAUAAAUAUAGAGAAAGAGGCAGUUAAAGGAGCUCGUAAAGUGAGAGAGCUAAAUGACAGAUUAAUGAUGGCGGAACGAGCUUUAACAGACCGAGAUGGACUCUCUGAAAGACCAUGGUACAAGCAUUUGAUAUACGGACCAUCGAAGUACGAUGACUACGGAUCGAAAUCAUUCCCUGGAGUUGAUGAUGCAAUUGACAAUGCAAAGAAGCUAAAUACAAAAGCAUCUUGGGAAAAUGUUCAACACCAGAUUUGGAGAGAGUCGUCCUCACCGUUCAGUGUCAGACCAGACGAAACCACAAUGCUUAACCCCAUCACUUUAACCCGGAAACCACCACUCCCCUUCAAUGUUUUUGCGUUUUCCGGUAAUCACACCUCGUCUUUCUGUCGAAGAAAUAUAACUGAAGCUGGUUUGAGAAGGGCUCUGUCGUUUGGGUACAAAAGUGUUGGUUCACUGAAUUUUGGUCGUAGCAAUUGGUCGGGGAGUUCCGGUACUGGGUUUGGGAACCUGGGUCGGGUCUCUUCUGUCUCAGGUGGUAGUUCAGGUGGUUCUGGCGGGUUAGGUGGUGGUGGUGGUGAUGGUUCCGGCGGUGGAGGUGAUGGUGAAGGUAGCGGCGGAAACGGGAAGAAGUGGUCAUUCGUCUCAUGGUACUUGGCUCUUCUCUCAGAUUCUCCUGUUUUGACUAAAGCUGUGACCUCAGCACUUUUGACCCUCAUUGGAGAUGUGAUCUGCCAGCUUACAAUCAAUAAGACCUCAUCGCUGGACAAGAAGAGGACACUCACGUUUACCUUGUUGGGCUUAGGGCUAGUUGGUCCAGCAUUGCAUUUCUGGUAUUUCCGUGGACCUUUCACUAUGACACCGCGAAAGCUAUCUUACUUCUUUGCUAAGUGGUAUCUAUAUUUGAGCAAAGUGGUGACAGCUUCUGGAUUAUCAGGCGCUGUUAUACGGCUUUUACUGGAUCAGUUUGUUUUUGCUCCUAUUUUUGUUGGAGUUUUCUUAUCAGCAGUUGUGACACUUGAAGGAAAACCGUCAAAUGCCAUACCGAAGCUACAACAGGAGUGGACUGGUGCAGUGCUAGCAAAUUGGCAACUAUGGAUACCAUUUCAGUUUCUUAACUUCAGAUUUGUUCCACAGAACUUCCAGGUACUCGCUUCAAACGUAGUGGCUUUGGCUUGGAAUGUGAUUUUAUCAUUCAAGGCUCACAAAGCAGUUGUCGCAAAGUAGGCAUGUUUCUUACCUAAAAGCCUCAGGUGGUUGUUAUCGGCAGAGUUUUGGGGCAACGUUCUUGUCUGCUGAUGCAAAUGUUUGGUGUUUCAAAACAAUUAUUUGGGAACCCUGCACUUGACAUUUUUG